AUGACAUUACUCCAGAUUGUUCCUUUCUCGGCCACUGAGCUCCUCCUGGCCUCUGCCAUCUUCUGCCUGAUAUUCUGGGUGGUCAGAGCCUGGAAACCACAGGUCCCCAAAGGCCUAAAGAGUCCCCCAGGGCCCUGGGGCUGGCCCCUGAUUGGGAAUGUGCUGACCUUGGGGAAGAACCCGCACCUGGUGCUGACACAACUGAGCCAGUGGUAUGGGGACGUGAUGCAGGUACACAUUGGCCAGACACCUGUGUUGGUGCUGAGUGGCCUGGACACCAUCCGGCAGGCCCUGGUGCGGCAGGCCGAUGACUUCAAGGGCCGACCUGACCUCUACAGCUUCACCCUUAUCACUGAUGGCCAAGGCAUGACCUUUAACCCUGACUCUGGACCAGUGUGGGCUGCCCGUCGGCGCCUGGCCCAGAACGCCCUCAACACCUUCUCCAUAGCCUCAGACCCGGCCUCUUCAUCCUCCUGCUACCUGGAGGAGCAUGUGAACAAGGAGGCUGAGGUCCUCCUCAACAAGUUACAGGAGCUAAUGGCGGGGGCUGGAUGCUUCGACCCCUACAGUCCCGUGGUGGUGUCGGUGGCAAAUGUCAUUGGUGCCAUGUGCUUCGGGCAACACUUCCCCCAGGCCAGUGAGGAGUUACUCAACCUCAUAGAGAACUCCCAUGAGUUUGUAGAGACUGCCACCUCUGGGAACCCCGUGGACUUCUUCCCCUUUCUUCGAUACCUGCCCAACCCCGCCUUACUUAGGUUCAAAGACUUCAACCAGAGAUUCCUGAGGUUCCUGCAGAAGACGGUCCAGGAGCACUAUCAGGACUUUGAUAAGAACAGUGUCCAGGACAUCACGGGUGCCCUGUUCAAGCACAGUGAGAAGGGCUUCAGAAGCAGCAGUGGCCUAAUCCCCCAGGAGAAGAUCGUCAAUCUUGUCAACGACAUCUUUGGGGCUGGAUUUGACACAGUCACAACAGCCAUCUCCUGGAGUCUUCUGUACCUUGUUACCAAGCCUGAGAUACAGAAGAAGAUCCAGAAGGAACUGGACACAGUGAUUGGCAGGGCACGAAGGCCCCGGCUGUCUGACAGAUCUGAGCUGCCCUAUCUGGAGGCCUUCAUCCUGGAGCUCUUUCGACAUUCCUCCUUUGUCCCCUUCACCAUUCCCCACAGCACAACGAAGAACACAACACUGAAUGGUUUCUUCAUCCCCAAGGAACGCUGUGUCUUUGUAAACCAGUGGCAGGUCAACCAUGACCAGAAGCUCUGGGGGGACCCAUUUGAGUUCCGGCCAGAGCGAUUCCUCACUGCCAAAGACAACACCAUCAACAAAAACUUGAGUGAGAAAGUGAUGCUCUUUGGCAUGGGCAAGCGCCGGUGCAUCGGGGAGGUCCUAGCCAAGUGGGAGAUCUUCCUCUUCCUCGCCAUCUUACUUCAGCGGCUGGAGUUCAGUGUGCCACCAGGUACAAAAGUGGACCUGACCCCCAUCUACGGGCUGACCAUGAAGCAUGCUCGCUGCAAACACAUGCAGGCACGGCUGCGCUUCUCCAUCAAGUGA